ACAACGUUGUCAUCUUACAGUUGUCAAAAAUCGGAAAAUCGUACAUUUCUGCAAUCAUUUGUAAAUCCGGUUAAAUCGCGUGAUAAUUUGUAUUGUUUAAACUAUGAAUUUCAGUGAUACCAGGUCCAACGAAAUAUGGACCCAGUGUCUAUACUUACUAUUAAGUUUACAUGUAGUUUUUGGUCUUUAUGAAGAUCAAAUUGGAAAAUUUGACUGGCGUCAGCAUUACAUUGGUAAACUAAAAUAUGGUGCAUUUGAUUCUAGUUCUACCGAGCGGAUUGUUAUAGCUACUGAGAGUAAUGUUUUAGCUGCAAUAAGUGCCAAAACAGGCGAGAUAAUAUGGCGUCAAGUAUUAGAAAAAGGGUCUCGAGGGGACAUCAAAUUAUUGCAUGUACCGACACAGGGAAACGGAAUACAAUCUACUGGAAACCGUUAUAGCAAGGCAUUUGAUAUUAUUACAGUGAGUGGAGUGAGCCCUGCGCUAAUUCGUGGUUGGAACUCAAAUACUGGAGCACUGGAAUGGGAAUGGUCAAUAUUGCCGAUAUCUAUAGAAAAGGCUGAAGCCGCCCAUUGGUUUAUACAUGAUUUAAACUUGUACCACGUGAUUCCUGUAUGGGGCUCUCAUGUUGAAGUAACAGAAUAUAUUGCGACAAGUGGGCAGCAACCAAAACAAACCACAUCUCGCAUAUCAGCUGCCUGGAUUACCGAUGGGAAAUGCGUUCUGACUCCUCCAUUUUUUGCUUGUACGUUGAAAGAUCAGCUCAUGGCGAUUAAUCUGUUGUCGGAUAAUGCAAAGAUAAUUGCUAAGACUUUAAAGUCAGUCGCGGUAGAUGCUCCUACCGCAUUAUGCGGCAUUUCCAGUAUUAUUCAAGAUGAUCAGUUGUAUUGGUUGACAUCGGAUCGUCACAUGCAGCUAGAACCAGAGGAUACACUGCUGUUUGAAAACAGCAUUCUCGAUGAUGAGCAGCUACUUAUACGCGCAUCUGUAAACCGUGCCCACAGUACACUGAAGGUAUCUGCUACAACAGUAACCGAUGACAGUUAUUACGAAGCAAUAAAUUUUGUUUCCGAUUAUCCGGAGACACUGGGAACGCCAAAAUUGGUAGCAAUACGUUGUAGACAGGCUUCAGAAAAUAGCAAAAACCGUGGUCAACUUGUAUGCAGAGUGUUGGUUUCUAGCGCUGAUGGUGCUCUCAGUUUGAUACAAGGUACGAAAAUCAAAUGGACGCGUGAGGAGGCAUUAGCCAGCGUUGAAACGGCCGACUUUCUCGAUUUAACCUUAUCCGAUGCUGAGGGAGCAAUAGAAGAGGAGUUGAACAACAAAAACGAGGACGAAGGUUUAGAAUGGGAUGUGUUUGGAGCUUUCCAACGACGAAUUGCCAGUCAAAUUGGUCACGUGAAAAACAUGGUUCUUCAUGUACUUGGACUGGGUCCAGCACCUUCUAAGGCUCAAAAAGCUGGCCUUGUUCGAGAUGAUUUUGGAUUGCAUAAAAUGCUUAUUGUUGUUACCACCAGUGGAAAAAUUUUCGGCAUUGAUAAUGUGAGUGGCAAGCACCACUGGGUUCGGUACCUACCGGAGAUAACAAACUUUGCAAACGACCAGAGCAUGAAGCUGCUGGUACAGAGAACAUCUCGCUUCUAUCCAUUAGCUGCACAGAGCGUUGUGCUUGGAAGACACAAGCAGACAAAACACGGGAUCAUCUAUCAAUUUAACCCUAUUACUGGACAACCUGUGAAUGGUGGAAUGGUUCACUUACCGUAUAAAAUCCACCAAAUAUCUUUAUUACAUCAGACUGGACCAGACUUCUUGAAAGGACUGCUGAUAUUGGACGAAAAAAAAGAAGCACAUGUACUACCAGAAAGUUCCGCAAAAUACGCCCAUAAUUUUUAUAUGUUUAGUGCUGAACGAGAUAGUGCCACAAUUCAUGGAUAUUUAGUUGAAUUUAAAAAUGAAAAAUUAAGUACCACACCUAUAUGGACUGUUAAUCUCGGAGGAUUUAGUAAUGGUCAGAAGAUUGUAGCGAUUGAGUGUAAAAAUCCAAUAGAGCAUGUACAUUCACAAGGACGAGUGCUAGCUGAUAGGUCUGUUCUUUACAAAUAUAAUAACCCAAAUUUGGUUGCCAUAGCGACCCAUGGACCUGAUAACAUCCACAAGUAUAUAAUGAACAUUCACCUGUUAGAUGUCGUUUCUGGAUCUAUCGUAUUUUCUAUGUCUCAUAAGCGCAUUCGACCACCGCUGCACAUGGUGCAUUCAGAGAAUUGGCUCGUGUAUUCUUAUUAUAACGAUAAAGUGCGCCGUACGGAAAUUUCUUCUCUAGAAUUGUAUGAAGGUAAAACACAAACUAACAGUACCGUUUGGAGCUCACUAGAUGCCCCUCCUUUGCCACUGGUGGAACGACAAACCUACAUCUUACCAGUUGCUGUCGCUUCAAUGAAGGAAACAAUCACUGAAAAGGGAAUUACAAGCAAACAUAUAUUAAUCGGCCUUAGCACUGGUGCAAUAGCUGAAAUGUCGUGGGCAUUGUUGGACCCUCGUCGCCCACUAACAUCACCGGAGAAGGCUCGGGAGGAGGGUAUCAUUCCUUAUAUGCCUGAGCUACCAAUGCCUCACGAGAUUAUCAUCAAUUAUAACCAAUCAAUUAGCAAUUUGAAAGGGAUCUACACUGCCCCCUCCGGAUUGGAAAGUUCCUGCCUGGUCUUUGCUCACGGUUUAGAUAUAUUCGUUACACGGGUGGCUCCAUCGAAAACUUUCGAUCUUCUAAAAGAAGACUUCGACUAUUUUCUUAUAACUGUUGUAUUAGUAAUACUCACAAGCACUUCUUACAUCGUGAAACUUUUCGCAUCGAAAAAAGCCAUUAAGCAAGCAUGGAAAUGAAUGUUUAAAAGCUUUAGAAAAUGUGCAUUUCUAUUAGGACAAUUAUAUAAUUUAUUUUACGUUGACGAUCCACAGUUUCAUUUCACUACUGUUAACCCUUCUUUCCUUUGGUUGCCUUAGAACACCGCAAAUCUUUCUUUUUAUUUUUUUUUAACUGUAGUAGAAUAUGCUAAAAUAUUCAAUUCUCCGGCUUUCACCUAAUCAAAAUUUCUGAAGACGUUCUGAAAAAAAAAUCACAUUCUUUUCCCAGAUAAAUAAUGUGACUUUUCGAGUUAUUGAAUAGCUGGUUUUGCCCCAAAAAUUACCUUUAAUGACCAAUAGUACUCGACAUUGUUAUAGAUCCUAUUUUUUAUAUUCGAACACAAAAUUUAGAAUAAAUUAAUAAUUUGUACUACAUA